AUUCAGAACCGGCCGGGGGCUGGUCCUCUACCCUCAGUUAGGGGACAAGAUGGACAUCGUGUGUCCCCGGGCCCAGGCCCCCGACGGGGGCAAAGAGGAGUUCUACAGGGUCCACCUGGUGUCCAAAAGCCAGCUGGAGAGCUGCAGCGUCAACAAGGCCGACGCGCCUCUGCUGAACUGCGACAAGCCCGAGCAGAACGUGAAGUUCACCUUCAAGUUUCAGGAGUUCAGCCCCAACCUGUGGGGUCUGGAGUUCCUCAAGGGGCGGGACUACUACAUCACCUCCACGUCCACAGGCUCCCUGAAGGGGAUGGACAACACCAGAGGAGGYGUGUGUCAGACCAGAUCCAUGAAGCUGGUCCUGAGAGUCGGUCAGAACUCUUCAGAUCCACUUUCAACACUUCAGGAGUCUCCAACCAGGUUCCCACCCAAGACCAAGACCUCCUCCUCCAAAGAAAAGAUUGAAGAUUUGGACUCAGACGCUGGACGGUCCGGUCCUGAUGGUGACUCUGAGCCAGGACUCCUGGUGUGGCUCAUCACCAGCUUUGUGAUCCUCCUCCUGCUCACCGCGGCCGCUCUGUUGGUGCUGUGGAGGCACCACCAGCGCCGCAGCGUACCCGACCAGCAGCAGCAGCAGCAGCAGCAGCAGCAGCCUGCCGCCGUGUCCCUCAACAUGUUGGCCGUGCCGAAGCGGGACAGCGUCAGCAGCGACAACGGUUCGGACCGCAGCAGCGCCGCCUUCCCUCUGCGGCCCUCCGACAGCAUGAUCUGCCGCCACUUGGAGCGCGGGAGCGGCGAGUACGGGCCUCCUGUGUACAUCGUUCAGGAGAUCAUGCCUCAGAGUCCAACCAACAUCUACUACAAGGUCUGACGGCUCUGAUGGCAGGUACGAGCAGAAAGACACGGAAAAUGUUGCGCCCUGUCGGGUUGAUGUGUAAAAUAUAACAGAAUGCAAUAUAAAUGUUAAAACUAAAACGUUUUUUUUAAUGAGGUCAUUUUGAAUUUGAUAGCAGCAAACACAUCACAGGUUUAAAAACCUGCAGAGGUGGGCGUGGUUCUGCUAAUCAGCUACUAGCAGAACAAAUUUUUCAUUUAGAAGACUUGGAAAACUAACAGUGAACCAAUUAGCUUCCACUAUAUUGGGUUUUGCUAACUUUACCUCAGCUAACGCUAACUAACAAGCUAACAUCAACAGGUUUGUGUCAGUGUGACGCAGACUGACAGUUGUAUUAGCAGUUAGCGAUUAGCUGUUAGUUUUGUUUUUUGAGUGAAGCGUCGUUCUGAGAAACAACUGGCAUCAAAACAUUUGUUUCUUUUAUGACGUGUUUAUUUUUAACAAAGAAAAUUAUUAUUAUUGUUUGUUUUUUUACUGUCGGCACACGCCAGCUCCAGAUGUGGAGGCGUGUUUUAUUUAAUUUAAUGAAAAAACGGGGAGAAAACAAGAACAUCCAUUUCAAGUUUUAAUGAGUUUUCAUCGGUGUGUUGUGUAACUGUGUUUGAAAUGCUGUGAAGUGAAAUGAAAGUAACAAUUCUGUGGAUUUUAUUAAAAUAUAUAC